UGCACGGUGAGAGCAGUGCGGCGGUUAGCUCCCUCCAGUCAGCCGCAGAGCCGUCCUGCUCCGGCGGGGGAGACGACGCACGCCAGCCACCGGCCAAGGGCAGGAGAGCAGCAACUGAGAGCCGGCUUCCGAGAAGAUUUCCCCCCCGGGGAACGGGAAAACUGGACGUAGAGGGCGAAGAAACGUCAAAAAACUUUGCCUUUCUUUUAUUAUCGUCAUUAGUGUCAUUAUUUUACAAGAGCUGUCGGACGCGACACUGCCUGAAGCCGCUGCUGAAGGAGUCGGCCGAGUGCGGGGGGAACUUUUGGGCUCAUCGUUUGGCUGUUGUGUCCCAGUUCGCAACUUUCACGCCUCCCACAGCGUUACCUCGGGAGGCGGCUGCCAGCCCCACCGAAUCGGAACAUGUGAGCAGCUAACGUCUCGCCGAGGCGUUUCUGCUGUGGACCCGCACCGCUGUUAGCAGGCGCCGCCGGAGACGUCGUGGGUCUUUGGCGAGGUCACUAAUUGACGUGCGCCCCGGCGGGGUUUGGCCCCCGCUACGGAGCCCGGUGCGUCAGGAAAGAGUAGAAACUCGUCGAAAGACAUCUCGCCGUCGGGACUGAACCGCCACCAGCGACGAGGGGCUUUCUCCCGAGCCGAGACCAUGGCCUCCACCCCGCGGGACCGCAGCUUUUGGUUGCUGUGGAGACGGACUCUCCUCGCGCUGGGGCUGUGCGCGCUCGCGGCGCGUGGCGCGGAGGAUGACGGCUCCUUCAGCGCCGAGUCAUGGCUGAGGCUGUACGGUUACCUGCCCCAGGCCAACAGACAGAUGUCGACCAUGCGAUCAGCUCAGAUCCUCUCCAGCGCCGUCAGCGAUAUGCAGCGGUUCUACGGCCUCGAGGUCACUGGACAGAUGGACCCUCAAACCAUCAGUGCCAUGAAGAGACCCCGCUGUGGUGUGCCUGACAAGUUUGGAGGACAGAUCAAAACCAACGUGCGACGGAAACGCUAUGCCCUCACUGGACAUAAGUGGAACAAGAACCACCUCACGUACAGUAUCCAGAACUACACUCCCAAGAUUGGAGAGUAUAACUCAUUUGAGGCCAUCCGGCGGGCCUUUAAAGUCUGGGAGAGGGUCACCCCAUUGACCUUUGACGAAAUCCCCUACCAGGAGAUCAAAUAUGGACGCCGCAAGGAGCCAGACAUCAUGAUCUUCUUCGCUUCAGGUUUUCAUGGAGACAGCUCUCCUUUCGAUGGAGAGGGGGGCUUCUUAGCUCACGCCUACUUCCCUGGACCUGGAAUGGGCGGGGACACACACUUUGAUUCUGAUGAACCAUGGACCAUAGGAAACCAGAACAUACAAGGUAAUGACCUCUUCUUGGUAGCAAUCCACGAGCUGGGUCACGCCCUGGGUUUAGAGCACUCCAACAACCCACUGGCCAUCAUGGCUCCCUUUUACCAAUGGAUGGAGACGGAGAACUUCGAGUUGCCAGAGGACGACCGGCGGGGCAUACAACAGAUCUAUGGCCAACCAGACAGCGGCCCCACACAGGCCCUGCCCACUGUGAUACCCCGUCGACCAGAACCAAGGCCACCUCAAACACCUCCUCGGCAUCCUGACCGCCCCAGGACCACUGAAAGACCAGACCACUAUGGACCCAAUAUCUGUGAAGGGAACUUUGACACAGUGGCUAUGCUCAGAGGAGAGAUGUUUGUUUUCAAGGGCCGUUGGUUCUGGCGGGUGCGUAGAAACAGGGUUCUGGAUAACUAUCCCAUGCCCAUUGGUCACUUUUGGAGGGGUCUGCCUGGAGACAUAGAUGCUGCCUAUGAAAGACACGACGGCAGGUUCGUUUUCUUUAAAGGAAACAGAUUCUGGCUUUUUAGGGAGGCUAACCUGGAGCAUGGCUAUCCGCAGGAGCUGGGUGAUUUUGGCCAAGACAUUCCCUACGACAGAAUAGACACGGCCAUCUGGUGGGAGCCAUCCGGCUACACUUACUUAUUUCAAGGAGACUGGUACUGGCGUUUCAACGAGCAGUCGCGCUCAGCUGACAGAGGCUACCCGAAACCAAUCAGUGUGUGGGGAUCGUCAGUGCCCUCUACUCCCAAGGGGGCCUUCCUCAGCGAUGAUGGAGCUUACACAUUCUUCUACAAGGGUUCCAAGUACUGGAAGUUUGACAACCACCGCAUGAAGAGUGAACCAGGCUACCCCAAGUCCAUACUGAGGGACUUCAUGGGCUGCAGUGUGGACCUGGACCCUGACAGAGACACGGACACAGACACAGGACGCAAAUACCCAGAUGUGAACCGCCCACCGUUUGACCCAGAUGUAGGUGAUGAUGCUGACAAGGACAAAAACAGGGAAGGAACGGAUCGAGGCGGAACAGACAAAGACACAGGCAAAGGAUCAGACAGUGACAAAGAUGAAGACUACCGCGAGGGUCGUGAAGAAGACACCAACGAGGUGGACGUGGUGCUGAAGGUGGACGACAGCGAGGAGCGAACCAUGAACAUCCUGAUGGUAACUAUCCCACUGGUCCUGGUGCUGUGCAUCCUGGGACUGAUCUACGCCAUCAUCAACACACUGCAGAGCAAAGGGGCACCACGGCUGCUGGUGCACUGCAAGCGCUCACUGCAGGACUGGGUCUGAUCCUUGACAUUAGGGGACACCGAACUUUGAACUUAAAUUGGACCUUAGACACCCACCUCCUCUAAUCCAAACCUCUCCCCAAGUGAUCCAUCUUUCUCAAGUCUCUGUGCUCAGUGGCUCCUGCAACUCUAAGUACAUGUGGUAGUAGAUCCAUGCAAAUACUGUACUGAUAAAAUACACACACAAACUAGAAGCAAGCGUGAAUUAUGUCUCACAUAUAUACAUACGCACACACACAAACACAAACCCACACACACACACACACCAUCUUAACCUCCUCUUGUCUCCCAUGGUGCUCUACAAUGCGUUGACUGUAGUCUAUUUAUAUGAGAAAAGUUUGCACAUUGUCCUUUUUUUUCUUUUUGUUUUUGUUUUGGCUCAUUUUGUGUGACAUUUUAUUGUGAUCAUUAUUAUUUCUAAACCAGGAAGGCCGCUCUAUUCCCCCUACCGUGUCUGUACCACCCUCCUCUCUAAUCUCAGUAGGGGCUUUUUCCUCGUUGAUAACUUGACCUCUGCUUAUGCUAUAACAGUUGCCACGAGAGAAGGACAUGCAAAGGGUUAGAAGAGAUUUGUAGACCGACCACUAAACUUCAAGUAGGGUUUAGUAGUGUUCCUUCCUCCUUUCAUCAUCUUCUCCUUCACCUUGCUCCAUCUCCUUCCUUUUCUCUGCAGUACAGUAUGUCAUGGGGUGAAAGCUGAGUCAGAGAGAACCAGGGUUUGGUCACAACAGAUAUUUUGCUGUAGUUGACAGUAAGAGGUAUUUUGAGCCCUAGUGUGAGCCCGGAUAUUAUGCUCCUUUUGACUGUAUGAUGAUGAUUUUGCUGUUGUUUAUAUAGGCACUCCUUUGGUUUUAAAGGAUAAUUCCAGUUUAUUACAACUUACACCUUAUUUUUUGAAGUUUUGGCCAUUGAUUUUAACGGUAAUAAUAACACUGUACUCACCAAGUUAAUUGCUGAGAUCGGGGAAUGUGGCGAUAUUGCUAAAAAGAAGUCAAUCACAGAGGCUUUAAACAACUCCCAGGUUAGCCAAGUUUAUUUGGAAAAGUAAAUGAGGACAGAUGGUAAAAUUAUUACCCAAACUGUCUGCUAUAAACAUAAAUCAGUUUACGAACCAGAUUCCACUUUGUUCCAGAUUUAGUUUUGAUCUGCCACACUUGCUGUAAAUGUGUGCUGACAGUUUUCGGGUGUAAUGUGAGGAUUAUUGACAUUUUGGGUCCGCUCGCUUUUGGUUUUAUCUCCAAAUAAAGUUGACUAGAAAAUAUUUUCAACCUGGGAUUUAAAGGAAUAAUUCAACACAUUUGCAUUAGCCAAGGUACCUGUUUCCCCCUGCGCCGGUGAGGUAUCAAUCUUCUCAUCUAACUCUCAGCAAAAAAAGCAAGUAAAGAUAUUUCUCGAAAUGUUGAAUCUUUCAAAUCUGGCUGAUUGUUUGACUGAUCGUGUGUCUUAUCCCAUCAGGCUUUGUUCUAGCCAUUUUGCUGUGAUUCACAGAUAUCUGCAAUCACUUUAAUGAGUACAAUAUGAUAAGAGAUAGAAAUAAUGGCUAAAACUACAAAAAUAAAACCCAAGCAGUAACACAUGUUAAUUAUUCUUUAAAUUCAGACUACUUCUGCCUUGUUUUCCUUCUUUUUCUUUUUCCCACACAAUUGGACACUAGGUUUCUUUUCUUUAUUUUACUUACUUAGAAAGCAUUUACAGACCUCUUUGUCUGAAAAGGUAAAGGAUUUUUAAAGGGGUCCUCUUCUUUUAACUUUCAUUUAUCUGCCUACUUCUCAGAGAGCCUCUUUUCUGUCAAGAAUAAGACCUUUUACUUGUGCUAGAGAGGAGACAGACUCAUGGUUAUUUUAAAAAGUCAACUUACUGUGAAAUAACAAAGGAGCGGUAGUAUUCAUUGCAUCUGUGUGUGUGACAUAAAACGAGAGGAACAAAGCAAAGACAUGGCCUUUAACUACAGAAGAGGAUGUACGACCAUAAGUGCAACACAGCAGUUGCAGGGUGCAACUAAUGUACCAUGCAGUUUAUAAUGGACUUUUUAUGGCUAUUGUUUUUUAAAAGGACAAUUUAAGAAACCUCACUGAUGACCUGUGGUCUUUUUGUGGUAAAGAUAGCGUAGCUGUAAGCACCAGCGUGGGCUCGGGCCAUGCAGGCUCAUGUGAACACAGACUAAUCCUCUUCAUUAAAAAACAGCAGGUGUGUGCAAAUGCUGUUAGCCCCCGUGACCCCUAAAACUAAAGCCUGGACUCCGAGAAUCAAAACACUCUCCGCUCUCGUUUCAUCUCGCAAGAGCAGAGAUAGGAUGAAGGGGAGUGUGUGCAGACAAUAAUGUCCAUCUUAACUACUUUGUUUUGAUUACUCAAGUAUUAAAGGACCAGACCAGUGUAUUUGAAUAUUUAGCCACUUCACAACAAAUCAUUGCCAACCACUUUCAAAUGUAUGCCAUACAGUUUUACAUUUUUGUAUGUAUGUUUUUCUACCAUUGGUGGCAGCCUUUGGUCAAUCCAUUCAUUUAUAUAGAAUAUGACAAUCAAGUAGUACACUAUUUAACCACAAAAAUUAAUGUAACUUUGACAAAACUUGCUGCAGAAUUGAUGUUCACUUUGAUUGCUUAUACAGCUCAAGCAAGUUUUAAGAAUCUGCUUACUGAUUUUUAUACUUUAAAGAAAUUAAUGGAAACCAAUGGCUGCCAUGGAAACAUACAUUUUUAAAAAACAGCAUGUUUUGCAAAAUGGUUGGUGUAAAAUUGCUACUACAUUUUUAAAUAGUAGUAAAGGGGCUAAACAUACAAUUGUGUUGUCCUUUAAAAUCAUAUUUUUUUCUUAAAAGAAGAAAAACAAUAUUCAUUAAAGACAAGAUCAUUUCAAUUGACCUCUCUGUGAAUACAUUUUCAAGAAUUUGGGUUAGGUGACAUUAACCACAUACUUGUGGAAUGAUAAGCCCUAUUUCAAGAUGUAAAAAAAUGUAGCAGCAAUGGGAAAACAUGAAUUUUUCUCAUCCUUCCUUGUUCUUUAAUAAAUAUAAGAUUUUUGGUUUGAAAACCAGACUGAAGCGAGCAAGGGUGUAGGGGUGGAAGACUUGAGAGUGCGACUUCAAAUAUGAAUGGGAGAUGGGCUUAUCUGAGGUAGCAUUAAGUAAGCUGCCACUCUGACCAGAGGGGGAUCAGCUAACCCAGCUCAGGUUACACAGAUGUGGAUGGGGAGGGUGAGGAGAGACUGAAUUUCCUGCAGCUAAGACAAGGAAAGGGGAAAGGGGGAGGGAGGCUUACCUCCUCUCCCUGAGCUUGCACAGUUUGGAUCUCAGGAAUAAGGAGGGGUAGGAAGGCAAAGAAAAAGAGAGAGAGGGCUUUGAUGGCCCUAUUCCACUGGCAGCAGCCCAUGUGACCCAAAUUCUCCUGCUAGUUCAACAACAGUAUUGGCCAAAGAGGAAACUAAAGUUUACAGUAGGUGACAGACCUUUUUUUUUUUAGGAAUGCUCGGUGUAAGUGCUUUGCCUGUAGUUGUCCAUAUUCAUAGUAUCCCCAUAUCAAUGCAAUAGCUGUUGGCAUGGAAUUUAUUUUUUGGUUGCAAGAAGUUACCUUUGAAAUGAGACCAGGGUUAUGGCUGUAAUGAAAAUGGUUGAAGAACAGAUACCUUUUUUUUUUUUUUGGGGAUACAUUAUUUUUGGGCUUGUGCACGAAAAUGGGGGUGUCUGGUAACAGGUUGAAGCCUGCGUAUUGAUUCCACCCUUUACUCUCAAGCAGUAGCAGUGGUGCUCCAUCUGUCUUCCUUUUGCACCAGUCAGACUGCAGCUUGUAUGUUGACAGACCAAGCAGAUACAUACCCCUGCUGUUCUGUUAGGCCUCCAGCUAGGUGAAAACAGGUUGAGGUGAGAUCUCUAAGCAGGUAGAGUUAAAGUUAACAGGACACUUACACUGAAAGGAAGAAAAGGAAGAGCAUAAUCAGCCAGCACAAGAGGUCUGGAGAUUGAUCUGUGGCCAGUCGAUAGCGGUUGCCAGGAAACUGUGUCCUGUGUCCAUCACUCACCUCCUCAUCAUCUGGGUUGGGGGGUUGGCGGAUGCAGCUAAUCAGUGUUAAAAGCACCCCCACCCUCCUCUCCUCUCUCCUCUCCUGUCCUGCUCUUCCACUGGUCCUGCAGACACAUCAGUGAGUGCUCAGACGGUCCAGCGUCUGGACAGGCUCAGAAAAUGCAGACUCAUUGACACAAAGUUGUGUAUGGAGUUCUUUUUUUUUUUUUCAAGCCUUCUCUUCUCCUCCACAACCCCCACACAGAGUCCACGGGGAGUUAACCACCUCAAAGUUGAGAGAGUCGUGUACCUGAGUUUGCUUCACUUGAAAUCACAUUUUGGGUGAUUAAGCAGUUUGAGAGAUUCUCUGUAAGGUGACACUGACUGGGACUGAAUUUAGUACAGGUCAUUGUCUCAGGAAACCAAGCAGAAGAGAAAUGUUGAAGGGUUAGGAAAGUAAUCUGUCAAGGCUGAUUGAUGAAUGUUUGUGUGUUUGUGUUUCUGUGUGUCGAGGGGUUCAGUUAAUCAGCUCUACUCUCUAUAAGCAAGGCCUGUUUUCUGACUGUAAAUCUCCCACAUUGUCUUUAUCCCCACCCCUCUACAUACUCAGCCCAGCCCUCUAAGCCCAAGGGGAUCGUAAUAACAACAAUGGCCUUCUCUCUCUCUCUCUCUCUCUCUCUCUCUCUCUCUCUCUUUUCACUCUCUUUCUCCUCCCCCUAUUUUCUCUCUCCCUAAUACACACACAAACACAUUAUUGUCUUCCCCAACCUCACCUUUCUCCCCUCGUAUAAAAGUAGUCCAGGCCAAGGUCCAGCCUCACAAAGCAUAGCCUCUUUUUAGAUUCACCUCCUUGUUCAGGAACUUUUAACACUGCAUAAGGCUUCACUUAAAAACACCUGUCAUCUUUUGAGUUUCUUUGAACAAAGACUUGGCAACGGGAUGUCACAUUUAAAUAUAAAGUUGUAAAGGCUGAAGUUUUUUUUAUGUUAAUGCCUUGUUUUGAAAUGCAGGGCCUUGGUGCAAAGUUAGGUAAGGUUAGGACAUCGCUGAGCUUGUCUGAGCUUUCAUCUCUCUCAGGAUGUGUUUCUUUAAACACUGCAUGUUAAGUUUUCCUGAUUCAGCCCUGCUGUUUGGCUUUGAGCACGGGCUUUAUACCUUUCCUUUUUGUCAUAUUUGAACAAACAUCUCUGUUAAAAUCUCUAGAAUCAUUCAAAAAGGCAGGUAUUCUUUUAGCUGUGUCUGUGCUCUCCACUCUGUUUACUUUUUGUGUUUCAGCUUCCUUCGGUCGCAGUGCAUCCCUGCACUGCGUAGUAACCACAAGCUUCAAAAAGCCACUGCGUCAGCCCUGUGCAAAGUCUGAAUUUUACCAGGAAAAAACAGACCGUGAAAAUUAAGCAAAAAAGAAAAGAAAAACCUGUCCAACAUUAAAUACAGUAAGACUGUAUUCUGUUUCAGUUUCAGUUGAUGGCUCAACCCCAAAGGAUUGUGGGUUGUCCAGAUGCUUCUCUCUUUUCCCAGAGUGCAUCUCACCUUGCCAACUGAGCCCAUCCACUCUGGAACCACUCAUUUUAAAUCAUCACUUGGCUAUCUCGUCCUCUCACCGUGGGGAUGAAACAGAAAAUAUGGCUGACAAAUGACUUUAGGCAUCUGUGUCGUCACUUUGCCCCGGACGAGUGCAGCAGAUCGGCUCUCAUGGUGCGUCAGACAGGCAUUGAGACUGUUGAGCAGCCCACUUAAGAAAAACUGUUUUCAUCCACUAACUGCAGCUACAGUAGAGAGUAGAUCUUGUUGGAUUCAGUCAAUUCUGUGCUGACCAUCAGUACUCGGCAUCUCACACUAGGCCCUCAUGAACGUCUCUCUUCAUUACUACCAGAGUAAUGAUUUCAUGACUUUCUGAAAAAAACUUCACUAUCAUCCCCGAUUGGGAUGAGAUGGGGAAAAAAAUACAUAAAAAAAGAAGCAGUCGAUCAAAAAAUAUGGGGUUAUUGUUUGUCCUUGAUAAUUUGUCUUAUUUUGAUUUUAUUUUGUGCAUUUUUUUCUUUCCAAACUUGAUAUGACAUUGUUUGUUAAUAACAUUCCAAUUAGUUUUUUUUUUUGGAUUGCUUGUUAGUGGGGUUUUUUUCUGUAGAAAACGUAAGAUUUUAUACAUUUGUGUUGUUGUGUGUUCACCUCUAGUUGAGUGUGUUAACAAGCCAUGCUGGACAUGUACACA